AUUUAUAACAAAAUUCAGAACGGAAGGCCCGGGAACUGUUGGCUUAGAUCUGGAUAAGGGCGUCGAGUUGAUGGAUUCGUACGGCAAAGAAAUCGACCUAAUGGAUCGCCAGCGUAUCGAGCUAGAAAAUGCUGAAAAACUGUUUGAUAUUCCAUUAACGGAUUACAGUGAUUUUUUGCAAUGCAAGCUUGAAUACGAAGAAAUACAAGUGGUCUACAAGCUGUACGUCCAGCAAAAAGUGGCCCGAGAGAAGUGGUCUCACACGCUGUGGGCCAAUCUCAACCCUCAGGCACUGUUGGAAGGACUCGACAAUUUCAUGAAGGAGUUUCGAAUGUUGCCAAAAAAUAUACGACAAGCGCCGGUUGGUCAAGCGUUGGACACGAAAAUGAAGCAAUUCAAAUCCUCCAUCCCGUUGAUGCUGAGCCUGAAGGACGAAGCGCUGCGGGAGCGUCACUGGAUGAAGCUAAUGGAAAAAACUGGUCAACAUUUCGACAUGUCACCGGAUCGAUUCACGCUCGAGAACAUGUUUGCGAUGGAGCUGCAUAAGUAUCAAGAUAUUGCAGAAGAAAUAAUUAACAACGCAAUCAAAGAGCUGGCAAUCGAACGCAGCGUUCAGGAAAUCGCUCAUAUCUGGCAGCGAAUGUGCUUCAACAUGAUACGCUACGAAAAGGGAGGCCGUAUGCGAGGACACAUUCUUGGUGCAACGGACGAAAUUAUGCAAGUGCUAGAGGAAAACUCGAUGAAUCUACAGUCCAUGGCAGCGUCUCAAUUUAUCGGUCCCUUCAUGCCCACGGUUCAACGGUGGGAAAAACAUUUAACACUCAUAUCGGAAAUCAUCGACGAAUGGGUUAGCGUGCAGCGGAAGUGGUUAUACUUGGAAGGCAUAUUUAUUGACGGUGAUAUCAGCAGCCAACUGCCGGAGGAAGCGAAAAAUUUCAACACCAUCGACGAGGAAUUUCGUGAGAUCAUGAAGAAUAGCACCGCCAAUCCGUUGGUCGUCGAUGUUUGUCUUGUACCGGGGAGAUUGAACGAUUUCAUACGGCUCGGAUUCGCACUCGACGGUUGUCAGAAAUCUUUGAACGACUAUCUGGAACAGAAGCGGCGAGCAUUUCCCAGAUUCUACUUUAUAUCGACGGACGAGCUGCUAUCAAUACUGGGCGACAGUGAGCCCACGUGCGUACAGGAGCACAUCAUAAAGAUGUUCGAUAACAUAAAAUCUUUACGAUUUGCUAAAGAUCGAUUUGACACACCGACUGUAACGGCCAUGAUUUCCAGCGAGGGCGAGGUGAUGGAAUUCGAGAACCAGGUGCCGGUGAAGGACCGGGUGGAGAACUGGAUGAACGAGGUGUUGAAGGAAAUGCGUCGGACCAAUCGAUUUAUAACGAAGAAAGCAAUCUACCAUUACGGAAAGGAUCGCGAACUCGCACGGCCCGACUGGAUUAUGCUGUACCAGGGAAUGGUGUGUCUCGCUGCGAAUCAGGUCUGGUGGACGGCCGAGGUGGAGGAGGUUUUUGCCAAGGUACGGCACGGUAACAAGCGUGCGAUGAAGGAAUAUCUGCAGGAACAGAACCGCCAACUCGAUGAGCUCGUACUGAAAGUGCGCGCUAAUCUGACACCCAACGAUCGACUUAAGUUUAAAACCAUCGCCACCAUCGACGUCCACGCGCGGGACAUUAUUGAAGGGUUUGUCCGGGAUAGUAUACUGGACGCGCACGAGUUUGGUUGGGAAAGUCAACUGAGAUUUUAUUGGAUAAGAGAAAUGGAUAAUCUGUUUGUACUACAAUGUACAGGAAAAUUCGAUUACGGUUACGAGUAUAUGGGAUUAAAUGGACGGCUCGUUAUUACGCCAUUGACUGAUAGGAUAUAUUUAACAAUCACACAAGCGUUGACGAUGAAUUUGGGCGGUGCACCAGCUGGUCCUGCCGGUACGGGUAAGACCGAAACGACGAAGGAUUUAGCCAAAGCGCUCGCACUGCUUUGUGUUGUAACGAAUUGCGGCGAGGGCAUGGACUUUCGAGCCGUCGGAACGGUGCUGUCAGGUCUCACUCAGUGUGGGGCAUGGGGCUGUUUUGAUGAGUUUAAUCGUAUAGACAUAUCAGUGUUGAGCGUAAUUUCAACGCAAUUGCAAACCAUCAAAACGGCACUCGUUUCACGGGUAAAAACAUUCAUGUUUGAAGGCAAUGAAAUCAAUCUGGAUCCUAAGGUCGGCAUCUUUAUUACAAUGAACCCGGGCUAUGCAGGACGUACGGAGCUACCGGAAUCGGUUAAAGCCCUGUUCCGUCCCGUCACCUGCAUUAUGCCCGAUCUGGAGCUGAUCUGCAUGAUUUCACUGUUUUCGGAUGGUUUCAUAACGGCCAAGGUGUUGGCGAAAAAGAUGACCGUCCUGUACAAAAUGGCCCGUGAACAGUUGUCCAAGCAGUACCACUACGAUUGGGGCCUGCGGUCGCUGAAUGCGGUGCUGCGAAUGGCCGGUGUGAACAAGCGCAAACCUCCGGAAAUUUCGGAAGCUGCCACGUUGAUGAGGACGCUGUUCGAUAUGAACUUUCCCAAGUUUGUGUUUGACGAUGUGCCGUUGUUUAUGGGUCUUAUCAAGGAUUUGUUUCCUGGAGUCGAUUAUCCGCGUGUAGGCUAUCCGGACUUUAACGAAGCCGUAAGAGAAGUUAUUGUGGCCGAUGGAUACGUCAUAAUUCAGAAACAGAUGGACAAGGUUCAGCAGCUGUAUGAAACGAUGAUGACUCGCCAUUCGACGAUGGUGGUCGGUCCGACCGGCGGUGGGAAAACCGUUGUGAUCAACACUUUGAAAAAAGCACUAACCAAUAUGGGUCUGCCAACGAAAUGCACCGUGCUUAACCCGAAGGCUUGCUCGGUCAUAGAGCUGUACGGAUUUCUCGACCCCAAUACCCGCGACUGGGUCGAUGGAUUGUUCUCCAACAUAUUCCGAGAGAUGAAUAAACCCACUGACCGCGAUGAACGUCGGUACGUUUGCUUCGACGGAGACGUCGAUGCGCUCUGGAUCGAAAACAUGAACUCCGUCAUGGAUGACAACAAACUGCUGACGCUGGCGAACGGGGAGCGCAUUCGGCUAAAUAGUUACUGUGCGCUGCUGUUUGAAGUUGGCGAUCUAGCUUACGCUUCGCCCGCGACAGUUUCGCGCGCCGGCAUGGUGUACCUCGAUCCGAAAAACCUUGGCUACGUGUGCUACUGGGAACGGUGGCUUAAAACGCGCUACCUUGAGGAGCAGGAAAUGUUGCAAAAAACGUUCACCGCCCUUGUCCCGAUUGCGAUCGAUUACAUUCUGGAGGGUGUCGACGGAAAUAAUCAGGAAGAUCCGCUGGAGCUGGUCAUUCACCAGACGAAUCUCAACAUGGUGGUACAGCUGUGCCAAUUUUAUGACGCUCUGUUUCCGAUGAAAACCUCCGCUUGUCUGCACGAGGAGGAUGUGGUCGAGUGUGGUUUCGUGCAGUGUGUGUAUCUUUCGCUCGGCGCUUCUUUGCUCGAGGAGUCUCGCCUGCGUUUUGAUGGGUUUGUGAAGCGAAACCUUGAAAUGAUUGCGGCGGAAGAUACGCGGGACAGUCCUGCCACGACGGGGCAAUUACCCACAUCAAAACCGACGCUGUUUGACUAUUUCUUUGACAUCGAACGGAAGCAGUGGCUUGCGUGGGAAUGGGUCAUCCCCAGCUACGAGCAUGAUGUGACGCUGAACUUCAGUGACAUACUGGUGCCUACGAUGGACACCAUGAAGAUAGAGAAAAUACUGGAUCUAAUGAACCGGGUUCGUCGGCCGGUUGUUCUAGUGGGCGAUCCUGGAACGUCCAAGACAGCAGUCAUAUCCCACUUCCUACGACAUCUUAAUCGGGACUCGUUCGUUGUGCUAAAUAUCAACUUUUCCUCGCGUACAUCUUCGAUGGACGUCCAGAAAACGAUUGAAGCAGCGGUGGAAAAACGAACAAAGGACAUUUUUGGACCACCGGUAGGAAAGAAGCUGGUCACCUUUAUCGACGACAUGAAUAUGCCACAGGUGGACAGCUACGGCACACAGCAACCAAUCGCUCUGCUCAAGCUGCUGCUGGAAAAGGAGGGAAUGUUCGAUCGAACCAAGGAUUUGAGUUGGAAGAAGUUCAAAGACAUGUCAUUUAUCGCCGCGAUGGGUCGGGCCGGAGGUGGUCGCAACGAGGUGGACUCUCGCUUCAUAUCCAUGUUUUCCGUGAUGAACAUUAUCUUCCCCAACGAUGAAACGCUGCACCACAUUUACAUGUCCAUCCUGAAGGGCCAUCUGCAACCGUUCGCUCCGGAGCUUGGCACGAACGCGAACAAACUGAUAGAGAUGACGCUGGCGCUGUUUAAAACGCUCGUUACGAAGCUACCUCCAACGCCUUCCAAGUUCCACUACAUAUUCAACAUGAAGGAUUUGUCCCGCAUCUUUGCCGGGCUGCUACAGAUCCAUCCCGGCUUCGUGAAAGAAACGCGCCAUCUCGUCCGCGUGUGGCGGAACGAGUUUGCGCGCGUUAUCUGCGAUCGGUUGAUAAACGAGCAGGAUCAACAGUUCAUGGAGCAACAAAUUAGCGAGCAAAUAAUGGAACAAUUUCCGAUUCCGCGUAGCUUCCGGCACACGGUGCAGGUGGAACCGACCCAGCAGGGCCGGCUCGAAUCGAGAAUUAAAAGUGCCGUCGUGGAGCUGUCGACCGCGCAGUACGCGCUGCGAGAUCCGCUCCUGUUUGGCGAUUACCGCAACGCUGUCAAUCCCGCCGAGGAGCGGUACUACGAGGAUUUGCUCGAUUAUGAAGCCAUAUACUUCCUGUUUCAGGAAAUAUUGAUGGAGUACAACGAGCAGCGCGGUAAAAUGAAUCUGGUGCUGUUUGAGGAUUGCCUCGAGCAUCUGACGCGCGUGCAUCGUACGUUGCGGAUGCAUCGCGGUCACGUAAUGCUGGUCGGCAUCGGUGGAUCGGGCAAGCAGAGCAUUACCCGGCUGGCAGCUUUUGCGGCCGGUUGCGAGAUUUUCGAAAUUGUGCUCAGUCGCGGCUACAACGAGGCAUCCUUUCGGGAGGAUUUAAAAACGCUCUUUCUGCAGGUCGGAGUGAAAAACACCAAGACAUGCUUCAUCUUUAAAGCCGCACAAAUUGCGGAAGAAGGAUUUCUGGAGUUCAUAAAUAAUAUUUUAACCACUGGAAUGGUGCCAGCAAUGUUUACCGACGACGAAAAGGAUCAGAUAAUUGGUCAGUGCCGCGGUGCAGCGCAGGAAAAUGGCUACGCGCCGAGCAAGGACGGUGUUUGGUCGUUCUUCCUCGAUCGUGCCGUACGCAAUCUGCACGUGGUGCUCUGUAUGUCGCCCGAGGGCGACGCACUACGCAAUCGGUGCCGUAAUUUCCCCGGCCUGGUGGGCAGCACUACGAUUGAUUGGGUGUUUCCAUGGCCGCAGCAAGCGUUGUUUGCCGUGGCGAAGGUAUUUCUCGCCGAUCAUCCCAAGAUUCCGGAAAACUAUCGAGAACCAAUCAUUGCCCACAUCGUUCACGUUCAUCAGUCGCUGAAGGGCUACAACCUGCAAUAUCUGAUGAAAUUACGACGAAAGAACUUUGUCACACCGAAGCACUAUCUUGAUUUCAUCAAUACGUACUUGAAGCUGAUCGAGGAGAAAGAUAAUUUCAUCAUGCAACAGUGCUCUCGACUAUCGGAUGGAAUCGAGAAAAUUAAUGAAGCCUCACUUCAGAUCGAUCAUUUGAGUAUCAUCGUCGAGGAGCAGCGGGAAAAUGUCAUCAAAGCGGCGGACCAUUGUGAAUCGAUGCUGACGGGAAUUGAGACAUCGACCGAAAAGGCGAACGUGAAGAAGCUGGAAGCGUCCGAGAAGUCGGUCGAGGUAGAGCAACAGAAGAAAAUUAUCACCGUCGAGAAGGCGGAAGCGGAAGAAGCGUUGGCAGCGGCCCUGCCCGCACUGGAGGUGGCCCGAUUGGCUCUGUCGGAUUUGGACAAAUCGGAUAUCACUGAGAUUCGCAGCUUUGCCACACCGCCCGAACCGGUCCAGGUCGUGUGUGAAUGUGUGGCCAUCAUCAAAGGUUACAAGGAAAUCUCGUGGAAAACGGCCAAGGGCAUGAUGUCGGAGGGAAGCUUUUUGCGUAGCUUGCAGGAGCUGGACUGUGAUUCUAUCACGCAAAAGCAGGUAGCAACGGUCCGGGCUAACAUGAAGAGAUCUCAAAAGCUGGACGAAAUGCAAAGCAUUUCGAAGGCCGGAUAUGGCUUGCUGAAGUUCGUGCGUGCCGUGCUCGGCUACUGUGACGUGUUCAAGGAGAUCAAACCGAAAAAGGAUCGUGUCGCGUUCCUGGAAUCGGAGCUGAACGGCCAGAUUCGGCUGCUGGUAAAGCUGACGAACGAAAUCGGCAAGCUGGAGGACGAGCUGACGGAGCUGAACACCAAGUACGCGAACGCGAUCAAAGAUAAGCAAAUGCUGCAGGAAAUGAUGGAGCAGGCGGAAAGGCGGCUGCGCGCGGCCGACAAGCUGAUAUCCGGUCUCAGCUCCGAGCGUGACCGGUGGGUGAUCGAUCUGGGCAAGCUGCAAAUCGAACGAACGAAAGUCAUCGGAAAUGCCUUGUUAUCGUCCUCGUUUCUCGCCUACAUGGGCCCAUUUUCCUGGGAGUUCCGCAAAGCGAUUCUCUUUGAUGAUUGGCAUGCGAACGUGGUCGAGCAGGAAAUACCGUUCACCGAGCCGUACCGCGUGAACGCGAAUCUUUCGAGCGAUCUCGAGCAGAGCACGUGGGCCUCGGAAGGGCUGCCGCCGGAUGAGCUGUCCAUACAGAACGGCAUACUGACGACCCGGGCGUCCCGGUUUCCGCUCUGCAUCGAUCCGCAGCAACAAGCGCUCACGUGGAUAAAGAAGCGCGAAACGCCCAACAAUUUGAAGACGCUCUCGUUCAACGAUAAGGACUUCCUGAAGCAGCUCGAGAUGGCCAUAAAGUAUGGGACACCGGUACUGUUUCAGGAUGUGGACGAUUACAUCGAUCCGGUGAUAGAUAACGUUCUCGAGCGUAACGUGCGAAUACAGGCGGGCCGGCAGAUCGUCGUCAUCGGCGACAAGGAAGUGGACGUGGACGCUAAUUUCCGACUGUACCUCACGACCAAGCUGGCCAAUCCGAACUUUGAUCCGGCGGUUUACGCGAAAGCCCAAGUCAUUAACUACACCGUCACCGUGAGCGGGUUGGAGGAUCAACUGUUGAGUGUGGUUGUGCGUGCGGAACGGUCAGAUCUUGAGGAGCAGCGCGAAACGCUCAUUGCCGAAACGAGUGCGAAUAAAGCGUUACUUCAAAAUCUGGAGGAUUCGCUGCUACGCGAGCUGGCAACAUCGACGGGCAACAUGUUGGACAACGUCGAGCUGGUAACGACGCUCGAGAACACCAAGGAAAAGGCUGCCGAAGUAUCGCAAAAGAUUGUACUGGCGGAACAAACGUCGAAAGAAAUCGAUAUUCUUCGUAACGGGUACAGGUUGGCAGCGCAGCGCGGCGCCAUCUUAUACUUCGUACUCUCGGACAUGGCGGCCGUAAAUGCGAUGUAUCAAUAUUCGCUCAACUCGUAUCUGGAAGUGUUCAGCUAUUCGCUACGCAAAGCCGUCCCCGACAAUGUUCUCUCGAAGCGGUUGGAUAACAUUAUCAACACACUGACGCGAAACGUGUACGAUUACGGGUGUAUCGGCAUUUUCGAGAAGCACAAACUGCUCUACUCCUUCCAGAUUACGAUCAAGCUGGAACAGAACAGUGGCAACUUGUCGCAGACAGAGGUGGAUUUCUUCAUCAAGGGUAAGGUAUCGCUUGAGAAAACCGAUCGUCCCUGUCCGGUAACGUGGAUCAGUGAGAAGGGUUGGCAGGAUAUCGUUAUGCUGGGCGAAAUGUUUCCGGAAAAGUUCGGCGACCUACCAGGACACAUCGAGCGCAACAUCUACGAGUGGAGCAGUUGGUAUGAUCUCGACGACGUCGUGGGUUAUGAAUAUCCGGGAAACUUUGAAGAGCGCAUGUCACCUUACGAUCACCUGUUGCUGAUGAGAUGCCUGCGGGUAGACCGUGUGUACCGGAUGCUCAACAACUACGUCUCGCAAACCAUGGGCGAAGAGUUUAUCACACCACCAAUUCUAAGCUUUGAUUCCAUCUACGAACAAUCGACCGCCUCCACACCGGUGGUGUUUAUCCUGAGCCCGGGUUCCGAUCCAACCUCCGAUCUGAUGAAGCUUGCCGACCGCUGCGGUUUCGGGGGCACGAAGUUUAAACACAUCUCACUCGGCCAGGGCCAGGAAGGGGCAGCACUGAAGCUGCUCUACUCGGCGCUCGAGCAGGGCUUAUGGUUGAUGCUGCAGAACGGCCACCUGCUGAUCAGUUUCAUCAAAACGCUGGAGAAAAUAAUCGAUUCGAUCGAGAAACCUCACCCGGACUUUCGGCUCUGGAUAACGACGGACGCGACGCCAACAUUCCCGAUUGGCAUACUGCAAAAGUCGCUGAAAGUCGUUACCGAGCCACCGAACGGGUUGAAGAUGAAUCUGCGGGCCACAUUCUUCAAACUUCGCCAGCAAACACUUGACUCCUGCACCCAUGCCGCGUUCAAACCAUUAGCAUACGUACUGGCGUUCUUCCACGCCGUGCUACAGGAACGCAGAAAAUAUGGAAAGCUGGGCUGGAACAUCUGUUACGACUUUAAUGAGUCAGACUUCAACGUAUGUCUGCAGAUUCUCGAUACAUACCUUACGAAGGCGGUGGAUUCCCGGGAUAGUCGCCUUCCGUGGAAUAGUUUGAAAUAUUUAAUUGGAGAGGUCAUGUACGGUGGGCGAGUAAUAGACGACUUCGAUAGGCGCGUGGUAAAAACGUACAUGGACGAGUACAUGGGAGACUUCCUGUUCGAUACGUUCCAACCGUUCAAUUUCUACGCUGACGAAUCAUUUACCUACGCACCGAUUGCGGCACCCAAUCGAGAUGAAUUUAUCGCCACCAUCGAUAAGCUGCCACUCAACAACACGCCGGAAGUGUUUGGUUUGCAUUCAAACGCCGAGAUCGGAUACUAUACGACGGCGGUACGCGAAACUUGGGCGCACCUGAUUGAUUUGCAACCACAAACCGGUGCGGACACGGGCGGCAUCAGCCGGGACGAGUUUAUCGACAGGGCGGCCGUGGACAUACUGAAAAAGCUGCCGAAACCGUUCGAUAUAUGGCGCGUGAAAAAGGCGUACCAAGUCAACAUUACGCCCAUCUGCGUGGUGCUGCUGCAGGAGCUGGAACGCUACAACCGGCUGAUCCAGCGGAUGGAGCACACGCUGAACCAGCUCCGCAAAGCGCUGGCCGGCGAGAUUGGCAUGGACGCGGUGCUCGACAAUGUUGCUCAUGCAUUAUUCAACGGCCAGCUGCCGGAUGACUGGCGUAAGCUGGCACCGGCCACCUGCAAACAGCUCGGUGACUGGAUCGAACAUUUGCUGCGAAGAUCACAGCAGUAUAAAUAUUGGUCAGUGUCCGGUGAACCGCUGGUGAUGUGGCUGUCCGGACUGCAUAUACCGGAAAGUUAUUUAACCGCGUUAGUUCAGAUCGCUUGUCGGAAGAACAACUGGCCAUUGGAUCGUUCGACACUGUUCACGUCCGUGACGAGGUUUCUGCGCGAGGACGAAAUCGAAGAGCGACCCGAAGCGGGCUGCUACGUGACCGGUUUGUACCUUCAGGGUGCACGCUGGGAUCCGGAAAACCGAUGCCUGACACGUUCGACUCCGAAAGUGCUGGUCGAACCGUUGCCCGUGCUCUCGAUUGUGCCGAUAGAAACUCACCGACUGAAAUUACAAAACACGUUCCGCACGCCGGUUUAUACGACAUCGGAACGGCGCAAUGCAAUGGGCGUCGGGUUGGUGUUUGAAGCCGACCUCCGCACGGAAGAGCACUGUAGCUUAUGGGUGCUGCAAGGAGUUUGCUUGACGAUGAAUCUGGAUUAGUGCUCUAAUUACUUCCUAGUGUCGAUGGAGACGAAUUGAAAUUAUUGUUACUGGAUGUAAAAUAAAAUAAUAUUUGACUACGCUUUCA